CGAAAGUUCACUUCGUAGUUCUCGUAAAAUUCUAUGAGUACUGCUAGCACUUUGAAUGAGCCGAAUACCACCCACCCGGUAAGCCAAGGCGACGAGAAGUCUUUAUGGGGAAAUGCUCGGCAAGAUGUAAACACUUUGAAGGAAGCAGAGCAUCUAGGUAAAGGAUACUAUACUAACGUAUCACCGAACGAACUUAAUCGUGAGCUUGAGAAGGCGGAGGAAGACAAAUUUCUCGUCGAGCUGGACGAUGGCGACGAUCCAAAGAAGUUAUCAACAGCAUAUAAGUGGUAUAUUACGCUCCUCGCUGGUAUGCAGAUCCUCAACGCGACGUAUUCAAGUUCAGUCGUCUCAAGUGCCUUCUCGCUAAUUGGCGAGGAAUACAACCAGGUACAAGAAGUCGUCGUACUUACUGUAUCACUAUUUCUCGCAGGAUAUGUCUUCGGACCACUUCUGUGGGCUGUAAUUGGCGAGCUUGUCGGUCGGAAGUUGACGUACAUCUCUUAUCUCGUUUUGUUUAUUGUUUUCAAUAUACCCUGCGCACUCGCACCUAAUGUUACCUGCUUAAUUAUAUGCAGAUUCAUAUGCGGUUGUGCUGCCGCAGCUUCCAUGGUUACCUCAGGUGGUGUACUUGCUGAUAUCUGGGAACCUAUCAGACGUGGUCGUCCAAUGGCGCUCUACAGUAUGUGUCCAUUUGCAGGACCUGUUUUAGGACCUAUUGCAUCUGGUUUUAUUGUUGACUACGCCAGUGAUUAUAAGUGGAUCUACUGGUCGCAAAUGGUUUUUGGUGGAUGCUGCCUCAUAGGUGUUAUAUUUAGUUUCCCUGAGACAAUGACACAGGUGAUACUUAUAAAGAAAGCCAAAAAGCUUCGAAAAGAGACAGGCGACAAGCGCUAUCACACAUUUAGCGAGUUAAAUGCACCACCAUUCAAGCAGCAGCUCAAAAUAGCAUGGCAGAGGCCCUUUAGGAUGUUAGUACGCGAACCAAUCCUGAUAAUUACGUCGCUAUAUAUUGGUGUCGUAUAUGGUGUUCUUUACCUUUCGUUCGAAAUGUUUCCGUAUGUCUUCCGCGGAGAUUAUCAGUUCACCGUCUGGCAAUCAGGCCUGACGUUCUGUUCGGUGGCUAUAGGAUUGUUGAUUUCUUACGUCGUUAAUUUGCUUUUCGAUAAGCGAUAUUUGCGUAUAGCCAAGAAGAGUAUCCGCGAGACGGGUCAAAGGCCUGAUCCGGAGAUACGUUUCUUACCGGCAAUUUUCAUUGGCGGGCCAUGCUUCGCUAUCGGAUUGUUCUGGUUUGCGUGGACGGCGGGCAGGACACACUGGCUCGCACCCUGCGCAGCUGGCGUUGUCCUAGGUGCUGGUGUCGUUCUUAUCUUCAUUUCUUUGCUUUCGUAUGUUUCGGAUGCCUACACUCUGUAUGCAAGUAGCGCCUUGGCAGCAAAUACCGUCGUUAGAUCGAUUUUUGGUGCCGUAUUCCCCCUAUUUGCUUUGCAGAUGUUCGAUAGGUUGACUAUAAGUUGGAGUGGUACUCUUCUUGCCCUCAUCGGAUGUGCGUUGAUGCCUUUCCCUGUACUGUUCCAUCGAUUUGGAAAGAAGAUACGUAAUAAAUCAGACUAUGCUAGGAAGUGAAUUAUCGUCAUUACAAUAAUUAACGUAUAGACUAAUAAAUAGUGUUACAUGCAUUUUUUCAUUACAUUAUCACAAUCCGUGUUGUAAAACAAAGGAAGAAAACAAAGCCUACCUACAUCUAAUUAGCCGAUGGUUGUAUUUCAUAUGAAAAUUCUGUUGGUGCCUGCCACCGGUUAUUAGCAGUAGUACCUCGAUCAUCAACGGCCAAAUGUCAGAUUAUCAAACUUUGUUGAAAUCAAUAAAAGAUAAAGGAAUUGUUUUCACAUCAUCUAAAGAUGUCGAAGCCGUUGUAGAAUACGCAAGAAAUGGUGCGAGAAUUCUCGUAGGAUGUGAAAGCGAGGAAUCAGCGCAGAAAUUCCAAGGGAUUGAUAACGUUAAAACUAGUCAACUCAACGUCAGUGAUUUCGGACAACUCGCAUCCUUCUUUGACAACGCUCUGAAAUAUCUCGGUAACGUUGAUAUAAUCGUAGCGAACUCAACACGUAGAGAAGCACAGAACAUAUUUAGUAUUGAGAACAAAACUCCUACGAGUCAAAAACCAGAUUUGUCUAUCGUGAACAACAACGUAUAUGGAAUUCUCUACACUGUACAUACUGGUGCUAAUGCUUUGAGAAAGAAUCCAAGCAAUGAUAAGGCUAUUGUUUUCGAUGGUGAUGGUGACGCUGGACCUGUAGACAUCGAAAACGCGAUUUUGCAUGCUUCACUGGAGCCUAAUUUCUCAUGUACUCACGCUAUGUUCACCUCAGGUGUUUCAGAAGGCUGGAGAUCCAAUAUCAUCAAUCCAAAGCAGGCACUCGACAAAGAUACACUCGCUACCGCUGAAAAGUACGACCUCACCGGUGUAGAAAAUGAAAAAUUCUCACGGAGGCAUGCAAUCCUCGUUGCAGCAACUAUGCAAUCCACGCCUGCCAGUGUAAUCGUCGAUGAGACCGGAUUAUCUACUAUACCUCACCCAAUCAUCAGAAUGUACGGUAUUGAAAAACUCAAAAUGAGACUUCGCAUAUUGGGUAAAAUUGCAGUAGCUGUACGCACCGGUAAGGUCAAGAAGUGGGCCACUGCUGCCUUAAUUUUUGGAUGUACAACAGCUCUCGCUCGUAGAUUUUUAUAGAUUAAUGUCAUUAAUUAGAAGAUACACUGCAUAAUUGAAUAAAUGCGAUGAGUGGAAAAUACGUUUGUAACAACUUAGGUAUCUCUUAAGUGUGUAAGGAGACUUCUCUUCGAGGAGCUGCUCAGUAUGCAUAUAUAUCCUUACGUUGAUAUUUUCAUAUAGGUAUCGCUAGGUUGGUCUGUAAUCACUUCUAGUGACCCGAGAGAUGCAAAUGUGCAGUUACAAUUCAUGUUAAUUGACACGAAUGCCAAUCUUUCCUUUUCUUUAGUUUACAAAAUACUUCUAAUUCUUUUGAGUGGUGGUAACGUUGAGACUAUCAGAGUGUUGAACUAUAUAUUGACACGCAUCGUUGCGUAAUCAUAUCAAUUUGAAUAAAUAGUCGUCAAUUUCACGAUAUCACAAUGAAUGGAGUGAACUUAGAAACAUCUCAUGCGAUUCAGAAAGUCCCAUCGGUUGGCAGUAUGUCCUUCUUAUUACCUUUCUCAUAGUCUAAGGACCGACAUCUCUAAAGCGGAUGUAGUUCAUGACAAGAAGCAGUAUUCCGACCAUCAACCUAGGGUGUAUCUUGCAAAUUUUACUCAAAUUAACUGCUCUGAAAAGUUGGUAUCAUGAAAUAUGAUGCAUUUUAUUUCAUUUGAAAAAGUAUAGUUUCUCUAAAAUUUAGUAACUUACUUGAAACGAAGACUUAACCACGCAAUAUGAUAAAUUUAGGUGGUUUUACAAUCAGUUCUUUGAAAUUAGAUCUCUGAAAAUACUGUCUCUAAUCAUUUAUAGCCAUUUUGAAGUUAUUGUGAUUGCAUUCCGAUUUCAAUUCGUGGUGGAGGUGAGAGAUUAAACAUUAAUAGUAAUGCGUAAAUCAUCUUUGAUUGCCUAACUGCAACUUAUGAGUAUAGAAUGCAAUUACAUCCUUAUUUGUAGUAACAGUUGCCUAGAUCGCCUGUUAUCUCUCUGUGCCGUCGAAACUUACACGUUUGUUUUAACCACCACCUCGUAAAAUGACAAAUAACUAAAGCAAGAAGUGUAGAACAUCAGUUUCAGUGUAUUUGACAUCUCUUGAAUACUUGUAUUGGAAGGUCAAACUUGAAUUACCCUAGCAAUCACUCUAUGUAUAGAUCUAAAGUUGCACAAUGGAUAGGAUCCGACAAUUAGAUUGAAUAAUCACCAUAAUGACACUUGACUUCAGCUUUUCGUUUCUGUUGAAAUAUAUAGGAAAGCUCCAAAUGAGCUGUAUCAUGUAUUAUACAGCAAAUCUGUCAAAUACCCAAGCUCAACAAUGAUUACAAAGCUUUUAAUAGCGUAACUAUUUAUAUGCAAUGCAAUUUCUAUACCUAAUGCGAAAUAUGGCUUCGUGUUAUGCUAAUUUUAUUCUAUCUCCUGUUCGAGGUAUAAUGACGGGAAUACCUUGGUAGCAAUAUAUCCUUUGCUCAACAGUAAUACUAUUGGACGGCACCGUCUCUGAUAUAUAUAGUUGCCUACUGAAAGGGCAUUAAAUGAGUUCCUCCUGUGUUCUAGGGAGUGAUAUAACAAUGAUGUUUUUGAUAUCAAGAAAUGAAGGCAAAUCUUAUGCGUUUCAAGCGAUAUCAAUAUAGUAUAAAACACGUAAGUAUAGCCUCCUACUUAGAUAUAAUCUGUAUGCCAUGCGAGACGACAGUUAUAGGUUGCGUUUGUAUAGAGAUCGAAAACAACUUGGAGCUCAACGACGCAUAUCCCCAUAAUGGUAGCACGUUGAAUCUCCCCUGAUAGCUAAAUAUAUCGCUGAGUUAGUGGUUGGGUGGCCAUGCGGAUGCUGAGCUUAUCCGAGAUGUUGCAAUUAUUAGAGAAUGAUGACCCUGUGGUAUAAUCUUGCAGCUCGCAAUAUAAUGAAGCUAGUCGGGAUUUUAUGUAUGUUGAACUGUCGCCACUUCAUGGCACACCGGAGAGAUGUGUCGAUGCAUCCAGAACUUAUAUACCGAUCAGCCAUUUCUGUUCUGUUAUCAUAGCUUCUUGAAAUGUGUCCAUCAAGACGACAGAAGGAGAGUGUGGACGUGAAUGAAUUGCUAUCGCCAGAAAGAGAACCGAGAAGAUAUGAGCUAAUUGUUCUACAGCACCCAGAGAUCGCUAGAGCUUCAUCGUCUACCGAGAGAGAUAGACGUGUUGUAGACCCACCUACGAUUCUACAACUCAAGAUAUAUGAUAAAAAAGGCUUAAUAGAUGAUAGCGCCCUAAGGUCACCAUACUGGGUUGUACAGGCCUUAUUACAAGGAAAUUACGACAAACCAGCUUCCCAGUUGCUACAAGGACAGCUAACAUCAUCAGCGUCGUAUGUUACAAAUGGCUUCGCACAUAGCGCAGGGUGUUACUUUUACUUCAGGUGUGCAAGUUGCUAAAUUCUAGACGAAUGUUAAAUUCACUCACAGUGAUCUUGCUAUUACAGAACCGGGCGUUUAUCAUCUCAAAUAUAUUCUCACCACUGUAUAUGCUUUUCCUGGUACAGCAAAUGAGCUACCUGUACUUGCUGAAUCAUUUUCAAAACCUAUCAGGGCAUCUUUACCGAAAGACUUCCCUGGUAUGUCAGCAUCAUCAGAAUUAGCGAAAAGUCUAGCGGAACACAGCGUUGGGCUAUCCAUAAGGAAUAUGGAUUAUCGUAAUCGCUGAAAUUAGAACUAAUUAUAUCCAAUAAUGCUUAUUUAAUGAUUUAAUGAACAGAAGUGAUGUCGUGGUAUACUUAAUAUUUUUUCUAUUUAAGACCGCUAGUGCAAAGUAUGGAUUUUACUGUGAUCUCAUCAAAUAUUCGGACGUCAAGUAAAAGUUUUUUCGUUUAUUAUACGGAAUGCAAAGUAACCUACUGUAUUCUAAGCGCCUAAUAAUCGUAUACUAUGCUAGAUACUCCGCUAUGUUCCAACUUUCGCGUCGAAAUAACAUGGGCGCGCAUGUCGAUCAUCUUUAUCUACCAUAGGAUUCUCUGUGUGAAGGUAAAAAGUAAUAGCGCUCACUACUGUCUACGCUGAUUUUGUAUCAUUUCGUUCAGAUAAGUAGCU